UGAUUAAUUUGACUUCCACAGUAACAUGAAUCAGAAGGAUUUUACCCAUGAAUUCUACAAAGGACUGGAUCUGUGCUUUUCGUGAAGACUCCGACCCACAUCCUUAGCUUUCACUGCAAGAUUUCUGUAUUUGGCUAUGGAAAAAAAGAUAGGAUUUACGAAGUCUUCCCUUUUGUCUUCUGUUUUUAACAUAACUUGAUACUUAAUACUUCACAAGGAGUCUCUAUGUACAGUCCCAAUAUUAAAUUCCUUGCUCUAGCUCUGAGCUGCUGUUGACUUCUUAAGAGGGCCACGGGCCAACUGCCAUGUCGGGCUUAGAAAGCCAGUGAUUUCAUGUGAAAAGUAAAUUUCAGACCAUCAGUUUCUCUAUUCCUCCUUGGCUUUGAAUGGCGUAGGUAAAAAUACUGGGUAAACAGCCAUCAGCAUUUGUUUCUUUCUUCCAUUGAUCCUUCUAGGAACAAGACGAGAGCAGAAAGACAACGUAUUUCAUCCAAACCUCAUGACUGAAAGAAGGAAGCCCCCAGAUAUCUUUUGUUUUGAAUCAAUCGCCCUGACAAGAUUUGGCACUUCUAAUGGUGAAAGGCUCAGGUUGUGGUGCUGCUCUCUCAGUUCUCGUUGUCAUUUCUGUGCAUCCCAGGAGUUAAGUGGAAUGAGAAGAGACCCACAAGAAUGCUGUAGUAGCACACGUUCACCUUAUGGUAAGGAAGUUUGUUUUUGCUCAAGGACCAAUACUUUGGGUAACUUUAGCAUCUGAUCAUGCUGAUGACUGCAUGAUUACCAAGAAAGCUUUUGUCUUAGUGAAGAGAUCAAAUCUGCUGCUUGUGGUGAUAAUGAGAGAACAACAAUGCAUUUUUAUCACAGAUUUAAUUAUUUGUUGUUAUUGGAUUCAUCAUAUCUUUCUGAUCAGGGUGAGGCUUCUUUCAAUGCCCUACCCGCUGGUAGGGUACUUUAAGCAUCAACAGCUGGUGGCAUGGUUAGGAAAUAAGCACAGUGAGGCACUGAACUGCUAGUACCGACAACCUUUAUUUCCAAGAGCAGCAGCGGGGAGAGCCAGAAGUUCUCUUGUGAGGAAUGUGAAAGCUGGUGAGUGAGUGAGUGACUGACUGGCUGCAGAGCUGUGGAAGGAGACAGCUCAGCCAGGUUAAUCCAAUAAUGGUGAGUGGGAACCUGUCCAGGGGCUGCUGUGUCCCGAGGGCCAAGGUGUUCAAUAAGAACAAUUACUGGAAUCAUCAGUCCAGUCCCAGUUGUCCAGACAAUGGAUAUCUCUUCUGUAGUAAUUUAAGAGUCUGUGGUAUUCUGCUGCUGUAGCGGUCUGCAGUGCCCGUCAGAGCAAUUCUUCUCUCAGCUCAAGCCUAAUUAAAGGGAACUCUUGCGUAAAGUGAGUUAAAUUCAGUAGUCACAGCCCAGACCCCAUGGAAAAUAGUCUAAUUCAGCUACAGUAAUAUAGCGUAAUAUAAAUAUAACGGAAAUACAAAACCGUAUAAUUUAAUUUGACGUGACUGGCAGUUUUUUGCUUAAGUCGGUGAAAAUGAGUGAGCGCAAACAACGCUCUGUGUUGACACAUUAUUCCCAAUGCAGCAGGAAGGCGGCUUCAGGACAGACCCAAACAUUUAUAACGACUACAUUUCGCAGGGUCAUCGUCGUGCACCGAAUUAGUUUUAAACGCGCUCUGGACCGCCCCUCGUCCACCCUGGGAUGAUCCCGUAUGAGGACGCAGCUGCUGGGUCAGAGCCUAAAUCAGCCUUUUCUGCCGACUUUUUUUUCCUAGUUGGAAGCACCGAAGCUCCGAGCAGGCCGGCAGCCCCACCCUCACCCUGCGCCCCCUCAGCUUCCCGCCCGACGCACGCGCGCGCCGCUCGCGCCUGCGCAGCGCCCAGCGGCCGCCUAACGGUCCGUAACGGCUGCCCGGCGGCCGCCAUGGCGCCCUCGACGUGCCGCAGGGUUGCCGUGGUCUCCUGCUUGGUGCUCUGCGUCUCUCUCCUCCUGCCGCGGACCUUCUUGUCUCGGGGAGGCGGCGGCAGGCAGGAGCACGGGGCCGCGCCGCUCGCAGCAUCCUCUCCUCCAGAGGGGAAACUCGGUCGCUUUCCACCAAGGAUGCAUUACCAGGCAACUCCCGACAGCCGAGCUGCCCCUCCUUUCCCAAGGUCUCACCUUGCUGAAGCAGUCGCCAAGGCCAAGGCUGGAGGAGGUGGUGGAAGUGCUGGUGGAACUGGGAGAGGUCUUGUGGGGCAGAUCAUCCCUAUAUAUGGAUUUGGCAUCUUCUUGUACAUCUUGUAUAUUUUAUUUAAGCUGGCUUCCAAGGGAAAAACUACCCCUGGAGAACGGAAAUGCCCUCCUGCUGCACCUGGAAACAUGAAGAGGAAAAUCACUGACUAUGAGCUUACCCAACUUCAGGAAAAGCUGAGAGAGACUGAAGAAGCUAUGGAAAAGUUAAUCAACAGAGUAGGCCCUAGCUGUGACAGGGUUCAAAAUGUUACAACAGACCAGGAAAAAAGGUUACUUCAGCAACUCCGAGAAAUUACUAGAGUUAUGAAGGAAGGCAAAUUCAUAGAUGGCAUCUCUCCUGAGAAAGAAGCUGAAGAAGCUCCUUACAUGGAAGACUGGGAAGGUUACCCAGAAGAGACGUAUCCCAUCUAUGAUAAUUCCGAUUGCUUUAAGCGCAAACAAGACACCAUCCUUAUUGAUUAUCCUGAUCUGAGCCAGCCCUCUGCAGAAGAACUGGCAGAAAGAAUGGAGGGCAUGGAAGACGAGGAGUACCUGUGCAAUGAAGCUCUGCUAUCUGAUCUGACCAUAGGAAGGGAUGGCUAUGAUUCAAGGCAGAAAAAAGAUGAGGUAGCUGGCAUCAGUGAAGGGGAGAAGGACCUUCAACACAGCCAAAGCACUGAGGAGUGCUGUUAUUGUUAUGAGGAGGAGGAUGAUCCUGCUAUAAUAGCAGAAAAUGCUGUAUUUCAUUCUGAAAGCUGCAGCGAAGCGGAAGAGGCAAUCUCAGAGGACCUGUCCAUGGAGUUUGACAAUGAAAACACAGCACUGAAAAACCAAAAAGCCAGUGAUUCAGAUGAAACAGGCACGCUGAGAAAGCGCAACACAAAAGGACUUGAGUAAUAGUGACAAUAUGUGGAUGCCAUCUAAGUGGUGACAGUAAAGGUCAGAAACCGUCAAUUUGUGUGGCUUUUGUCCCUAAAGAACAGUAUCCUUUAUUCUUCUUGUACUGACUUCAUUCUCACAGUAAGGGUGACAUCCUCUACCUGAACUGGAAGCUCUUUCAUGCAGUUCUUCUCAGCUCAUUGCUGCUUUGCAGAGAGCACUUUAUCAUUGCUUUUAGGGACUGAUACAUUGAAGCAGGUCAUUCCAUUCA